AUGUCCCUCGGCCCUUCAGGAUCUGCGAUGUUGGACGCGCGAUCACGGAGUCAACGUCAGGAACGCAUGCGGUCAGGACCUCGGAAGCAGAAACCCAAGUCGACCGAUCGGACCACCAGUGCCACCGGAUCAGAUGAGUCGAAUGGCAGAUUGGAGUCUUACUUUCAGGCUGCGAUGACUCGAUUUCUGAAGGAAGAACAGGCCACGGUGGUAACACCUACUCCAGUGGUCGACGACAACGUUGGAUCGCGGGACGUGGAGACGGAAUCAGCCGGAUCACCGGACCAAGAUCUCUCCCAGUGGGAAUACGAUCCGGACGAUAUUGAUCUACCGAGUUCGGCCCCUGCUGCGGUGGCCACCGCUGCCUCGGGAUCCACUGGGUCCUCCUUGAUCCAGCACGUGCGAAUCUCCGCGAUGUCCGAUCUCAAGGAGUUCAGUGGCAAGGAUCAGGACGAAGAUCGCGCCCGAUCGUGGAUCAGCAAGGUGAAAUCGACGUUCCUGCUAGAUCAGGCUACGGACGAAGAGAAGUGCUUGACCUUCGCUGAUCUACUGACGGGCCCGGCGAAGAACUGGUACCACCAGCUGGGCCGAUCGACGCGGAACAAGUGGAGCGAUCUACUCCGGAAUUUCCAGAUCCAGUAUUGUGGCCUGGGAGUAUCGGUCGCUUGGCAGUAUUAUCAUUCUCGCAAGAGAUCGGAUGAAUCGCCGUUGGAGUACCUCUAUCGACUGAAUGUGGCGGCCCUACGUGCAAGAUUGAAGAUCAAGGACGGGGAUUCCAAGGCCCGCCGAGAACAUGUCAAACACUUUAUCGAGACACUGGGCGAUCCGGAGCUGGCCGAUCAGCUCACCCUACUCCGGCUUGCGGACGCGGAAGAUCUGGAGGAAGUCCUGCGCGCUCGAGAGCGCGCGAAGAGUAGACAGCAGCGAUCCGCCUUUGGAUCGAAGUAUCGUCAGAAAGUUCCGACCUCAGCACCAGCUGCUGCAACCAAGCGGGCAGUGCGUGCAGUGCAGAUCGCGAGCCAGGAGUCUGGAUCGGACUCGGGAUCAGACGGAUCGGACUCGGGAUCAGACGGAUCGGACUCGGAGGGUGAUCUACGUCGCGUUUACCUAGCAUCGGCCGAGGACAAGUCCCGCAACGCUGGGGGCGACGCGACGAAGCCGGAUCGAAGCAACCAGGCGCAGAUCAACCAUGACCCACCUCGAUCGGAUCCACGAUCGCGAUCUUCACCUGACGGAUCGGAGCGAUAA